AAAAAUCCUAGAGCUAUAUAUUAGCACCCCAUAUACUCGUUUCACUUUCCCUUGAAGUGUUAGCUGCUGCCGCUAUUGUGUGUUUUCCUUCAUUUCUCUCUCUUUCUCUCUCUCGCUGCUUCUCGAAUCUUCUGUAUCAUCCUUCUUCUUCUUCUUCAAGUGAGAGAUGGCCGAUGGUGAGGAUAUUCAGCCACUCGUCUGUGACAAUGGAACUGGAAUGGUGAAGGCUGGUUUUGCUGGAGAUGAUGCCCCGAGAGCAGUGUUCCCAAGUAUUGUUGGUCGUCCCAGGCACACUGGUGUCAUGGUUGGUAUGGGUCAGAAAGAUGCCUACGUUGGUGAUGAAGCUCAGUCCAAGAGAGGUAUUCUUACCUUGAAGUAUCCGAUUGAACAUGGUAUUGUAAGCAACUGGGAUGAUAUGGAAAAGAUCUGGCAUCACACUUUCUACAACGAGCUCCGUGUUGCCCCUGAGGAGCACCCGGUUCUUCUCACAGAGGCACCUCUUAACCCUAAAGCUAACAGGGAGAAGAUGACUCAGAUCAUGUUUGAGACAUUCAAUGUCCCUGCCAUGUAUGUUGCUAUUCAGGCCGUUCUUUCUCUCUACGCCAGUGGUCGUACAACCGGUAUUGUGCUCGACUCUGGUGAUGGUGUGUCUCACACUGUGCCAAUCUACGAGGGGUAUGCUCUUCCUCAUGCUAUCCUCCGUCUCGAUCUUGCUGGUCGGGAUCUCACAGAUUCUCUCAUGAAGAUCCUCACUGAGAGAGGUUACAUGUUCACCACAACCGCAGAGCGGGAAAUUGUCCGUGACAUAAAGGAGAAGCUUGCUUAUGUGGCUCUUGACUACGAGCAAGAGCUUGAGACAGCCAAGAGCAGUUCUUCAGUUGAGAAGAACUACGAGCUACCUGAUGGACAAGUCAUCACCAUUGGAGCUGAAAGAUUCCGUUGUCCUGAGGUUCUAUUCCAGCCAUCGCUCAUCGGAAUGGAAGCUCCUGGAAUCCACGAAACAACUUACAACUCAAUCAUGAAGUGUGAUGUCGAUAUCAGGAAGGAUCUCUAUGGAAACAUCGUUCUCAGUGGUGGUUCCACUAUGUUCCCAGGUAUCGCUGACCGUAUGAGCAAAGAGAUCACCGCACUUGCACCUAGCAGCAUGAAGAUCAAGGUUGUUGCACCACCCGAGAGAAAAUACAGUGUCUGGAUCGGAGGAUCAAUCCUUGCAUCCCUCAGCACUUUCCAACAGAUGUGGAUUUCAAAGGGAGAGUACGAUGAGUCGGGUCCAUCAAUUGUUCACAGGAAAUGCUUCUAAGUUGUCUCUCUUCUCUUCUCUUCUCUUCUCUCUCUGGUUCGUGGUGGUGAGUUUGUUACAAAUCUAUAUUCCCUAGUUGAGAUGGGGAACUGAACUAUCUGUUGUUAUGUGGUUGUCUUUUUUUUCUUUUCUUCUUAAUUCUCUUUAGAACCUUUUGAAUGUCUCAACAAGUCUGUACUUUAGUUUUAUCUCUGUUUUCCUAUUCUAUUUUUCUUUUAGGAUGCUUGUGAUGAUUCUGGUUUUUUUGUCCUUUAAGCAAAAAAAAAAUAUCAUAUUAUAUUUUGUCCUUGGGUUCAUUU